CACUUUUUUCUCCCUACAGGCUAAAGUACGGUGCUUCCUCUGCCUGCACAUUCACACCAUACCUCGCCUCAUCUGCUUCACCGACACAGCUUGAAGGCAGAAAAGAAAACUGAGAAGAACCCAAAAGCAGGACAAGGAUCCAGACUAGUCCCAUUAUGCACCACUGAAAGAUUUCCCCAUCUUCCUUUUUAAAAGCAAUGUUGGUGGGAGCCAGAGGUCACAACACUGUUUGCAGAGUGUGUGUGGGGCCCCUCCCUAGCACAACUCCUGAGAUAGGAUGCCAGAAGCCUGCCCACCGACCCUGAGCUCCCCCGGGGCGUCAUGAACACCUACAGAGAUAGAGGGGUGACCUGCAACUCCUCAGACCUUCUGGAUGGAGCUGGAGGGUUACCACAAAACACUUCGCUUCGUCACACCCCUAAUGGCCAACCAGCUCCUGGCCCCACAGAACCAACGGCCCAUCCUCGCAUCUCUAUGCCCAAAAUGGGGGUUCGUGCCGUGGUCACCGAGUGGCCCCCUCGUCGCGCACAUUCCCGGGAGUCGCUGCUCGAAAACGGGCAGAACGGCAUCAAUCACUACGACGACUACUCCUUCACGUCGUCGAUUCUGUCGCCUGACGUUAGGCUGGUGCGAGGAGGGAUGGCCAGGCUGCCCCGCAGGUGGUCAAAGGACGUGGAGUUCAGAGGCGGAGGGUUCAGCGGCGAAAGAGGUUCGCCUCUCAGUCUAAGAGUCUUCCCGCCGUUGAGGCAGCGCUCCAACAGCGAGGUGACGCUCAGUGAGCAGGACGAAAACGAGGUGGACCCUCGAGUAAGCAUGGGGUUUGGGAACCGGUUCAGAGAGUAUGGCAGCACCUCUUCCAUAGACAUCCAGGGCAUUCCUGAGCAAGGUUUCUUUGAAAUGCUCAAUCAGUUUCAAAUGGAGAGGCCUGACCAGCGCAGCUCAGCUCCUGCACAACUGGGAGAGCUGCUGCGAGUUCCAGACUCAUCAUCGAAAGGUCCCUUCCCUGCCGCUCCCUCGCCUGGUCCCACAGGUGGGGACGAAAAAGGAACAGGGAGGAAAGAUGGCGCCGAGAGAGUGAGGAAGAAAAGCGGAGGGACGGAGUCGUCGCUGGGAACUUCCUCUUUGUUCCGGAAACUUCGGAGCUCUAGUCGAGGGGAGCUGGAUGGAGGAAAGGGAGAGGCUAUUGAGGAUAGGGGAGGGAGAGGCUCAACAGAUGCCUCCUACAAACCCUGGGUUUGCCCUAAGAGCUUCGUCCACUUUGAUGCUCAAAGCGUCCUGUUUGACCUCCACGAGGCGGCGGCUCAGCGCAGCUUUUCUGCUCAGAGGAGGAACACUGCCACGGGGGCAUCGGCCGCCUCGUCUCUGCCUGGCUCCAGACCCAGCCUGAACGACCCCAUUUACUCCAGCAUCGAGGAUCUGACCCUCAACCUCGAUCAGAGCUCCACAACCUCUUCCCUACCCACGGACCCUCUGGACGGGCCCGCAGCUCACAACACAAGCGCACUGCUCCUCUCCUGUCCCCACUUCCUCAAUGAGAUAGGACGGCACAAGGAGAGAAACGUGAGCUUCCUCAGCUCCUCGGCAGAGCGAGGAGAAGGAAAUGGAGAAAGAGGGUGGUUGAGGAAUAGUAAUGCCAGCAUGUCUGUGCUGGAGAUCCCAGAUGAAGAGCAGGAGAGGAGGCUGGAAAAACUGAAACUAUACAGCAUAGAGCAUGUGGACCUGGGGGCUCGCUACUACAGAGACUACUUCAAUGGGAAAGAGCACUCAAACUACUUUGGGACGGAUGAUAAGCUGGGCCCUGUGGCCGUGAGCAUUCGCAGGGAGAAAGUGGAGGACACCAAAGACCUGAAGGACCAGUACCAGUACCGCAUCAUCGUCAGGACCAGUGAGCUCGUGACCCUGCGAGGCUCCAUCCUGGAAGAUGCCGUGGCGUCGACAGGAAAACACGGCACCGUUCGAGGUCUCCCGCUCAAGGAGGUGCUGGAGCAGGUCGUUCCUGAGCUCAACGUCUCCUGCCUGAGACUGGCACUCAGCACGGCCAAAGUCACAGAACAGCUCCUUAAACUGGACGAACAAGGGCUGAGUCGCAAGCACAAGGUGGGCGUUCUGCUGUGUCGUGCUGGCCAGAGUACAGAGGAGGAGAUGUACAACAAUGAGGAGGCGUCGCCGGCCUUCUCUGCCUUCCUGGAGCUGCUGGGGGACCAGGUGCUCCUCAAAGGAUUCUCCAACUAUGCUGCACAGCUCGACACAAAGACCGACUCGACAGGCACCCACUCCCUUUACACCACCUACCAGGGCUAUGAGGUGAUGUUCCACGUGUCCACCAUGCUGCCGUACAUGCCCAGCAACCCACAGCAGCUCCUGAGAAAGAGGCACAUAGGCAACGACAUUGUCACCAUAAUCUUCCAAGAGCCUGGAGCGCUGCCUUUUACCCCUCAAAACAUCAGGUCCCACUUCCAGCAUGUCUUUGUCAUCGUCCGGGUCCAUAACCCCUGCUCCGACGGCACCUACUACAGCGUUGCUGUGACGCGGAUGGAGGACGUUCCCUCUUUCGGACCACCCAUCCCGGCCGGCGUCACCUUUCGAGACCCGGAGAACUUUCGCAACUUCCUCCUAGCCAAAGUCAUCAACGCCGAAAACGCGGCGCACAAGUCCGAUAAGUUCCACACCAUGGCGACGCGGACGCGGCAGGAGUACCUGCGGGACCUGGCCGAGAACUACGUCAGCAGCACGCCCCUGGACUCGGCUGGAAAACUGAACAACCUCAUCUCCCUCGCCUCUAAGAAACGUGAGCGCACGAAAGCAAGAGAGGGAGCGGAGCUGGAAGCAGCCGGGGCCGUCGCCUGGCGAGUCCUGGCCCAGGACUUCAGCGGAGGAGCAGCCGAGCUUCCCUGCGCUUUGGGUAUAUCGGCCGAGUACGUGGUCCUCAUCGACUGCUCCACCAAAGAGGUGGUGUUCAACUGUUUCUGCGGGGACGUGAUCGGCUGGACGCCUGAGCGGCUGGCGUUGAAGAUCUUCUACGGUAGAGGGGACCACAUUGCACUGAGAGUACCGGAGGGAUCGCAGCAGGACGUCAGGGAGAUGGUGCAGAGAUUAAAGUUGUUGACCAUAGGUUGUGAGACGGUGGAUAUGACACUAAGAAGAAAUGGACUGGGACAGCUGGGCUUUCACGUUCGCGUGGACGGCAUCGUGGCUGAGGUGGAGGAGUACGGCUUCGCCUGGCAGGCGGGACUGAGGCAGGGCAGUCGGCUGGUGGAGAUCUGCAAGGUGGCCGCCGUGACGCUCACCCACGACCAGAUGCUUGACCUGCUGAGGACGUCGGUCACUGUCAAAGUGGUCAUCAUUCCUCCGUAUGAAGAGAGCAAACCUCGCAGGGGCUGCACAGAGGAGUACGAGAUGAAGACCAUGGAGCAGAAACCUGAGCCUGAGCCUCUGGCAGCAGGAUACAGACCUUCCCCCCGACAAACGUGGCGAUGGGAGAGCUCACCCAUUCCUCCAGGGCUCCACAGCGGUCCCAUCCCGCCGCGCUGGGGCCCCGUGGGCCCCCCGCCUCCGCUGUCACGCGCACACAAGUCCAUGAUGCCAAUUCCUUACAGAGAGCCACAGCACCUCAGCUCCAAGAGGCCUGUAAGCUACCCAGAGAACCACUACAGCGUAUCUCCUGCAGGGGGCGACAGAGUCCUGCCCUACAGGAACCCCUCGGCCAGCUUCUCCACGCCCUCCCCAGGUCUGGUCGCCUUCUCCGUCAUGGGCUCACCUGGAAUCCCUCCAGGCUCCUUCGUACGCUACAAGCCCUCGCCUGACAGGUAUGGACCAAGCCAGCGCCUCCUGCCACACUUUGAACCCCACUUCAGUGUGGACGUCUCCUCUAGUGGAGAGUCCUCCUCGGGCUUCACCAGCCAGGAGAGCACCAUGGAGCGCUGCAAACCAGAGCCCCUCUGGCAUGUCCCCGCGUCAUCGUCUCGAGGACCAGGUGGCGGCGGGGGGCAGCGGAGAAUAACCAGACAGGAUGUCCCGGCCAAAGACUCUCCAAACAGACACUCAAAGACGCUGCAGGGCGAGGCGCAGUACUCCAGCCACUCCAGCAGCAACACGCUGUCCAGCAACGCGUCCAGCAGCCACAGCGACGAGCGCUGGUUCGACGCCGCACCCGGAGGGGAGCGGGCAGGCGGCGGAUUCCCUGGCGACCCGGCCGACUCUGACCCGGACCUUUUCAACAAGGGCGGCUCCAAUGACAGCGGCAUCGAGGCCUCCACGCACUACAACAGCACCCACCGCGCAAACAAGUCCAGCAACCACCCCCAGAAGGCCAUGCACCCCUCGGCGACCUACAGCGGCUUCCCAGAGCUGUCGGCGGGAAGGAGGAGCGACGGGGGAGAGUCAAGGAGGCGAGAGUCUUCACCCGUUAGGCCCGCCGCUGCCAGUCAGAGCAAAGGAUACCCGGCGAAGACGUUCCCGCCUCCCGGCUCCAGCGCUGAAAAAGUGGAUGUCUUCAAACCCAGGGCCUUCACACCGCAGGGCUACAAGACGCCGACAGCAGAGAAGGCACGACCCGUUCGAGCCUCGACCACGACGCCCACCUCGGCUCAGAUGGGCUCCGCCCCCAAGGCGCUUUACGGGAAGAGCAAACCGAGCAGCCGGCAGACGGAGGAAGUCACGACACCGUCUACAAACACGACCAAAUCUUCCAGCUCUGAGAGCAACAACAACAAAAACAGGCAGGUGGACACGAAUUCAAAGAACGUGUUCGGGCAGCCUCGGCUCCGGGCGUCGCUGCGAGACCUUCGCUCUCCACGUCGGACGUACAAGAGCACCAUCGAAGACGACCUGAAGAAACUGAUCAUCCUCAACGACGACCCCAGUGAGACGCCUCCGUCCGACCCGUCUCCCAGACACACCCUGCAGCGCACGUUUUCAGACGAGUCGCUGUGCAGCGGGCGCAGAGACGCCGCCUUCGCCUGCUCCGACAGCCAAAGCUCGCCCAGUGACCUGCUGUUCACCUGCACGCUUCCCACACGCAAACACUCGAGCUCCUCCAACAACUCCAACCACUCGCAUAAUAAAAAGAGUAGGUUUCCCUCCGUCCUCCAACCUCCUGGCAGGGUUCUCUCUCUUUCUGGAGCUCAUCAGCUCCUCCCUCUCUCCUCAGUGCCACUGUCUGCGUCGGAGCUGUCCCUGACGGAAAUCAAAGACAAAGUCCCCCCGCUGAGGAGGCUCGACCCUGGGCUGAUGCCGCUCCCUGACACCGCCGCUGGGCUGGAGUGGUCCAGCCUGGUCAACGCCGCAAAAGCCUUUGAAGCACAGAGAGCGGUUUCUCUCUUCUCUCUGACCGAGCCGCAGCCCGGCGCUCCAGAGACGAGACCGGCCUCCAGCCCCGUUCAGUUCAACACUCCUCAGACUCCACGCACCACACCGACCUUCAGUGGAGACGAGGUGCCCAAUGACGUGUCGGGUCGGCUCCACCAACUCGAAGUGAUGCUGAAACAGCUGAACAAUGAUCUGGAGAAGGAGAAGCAGGAUAAAGUCGUCCUGCUGGCAGAGAUGGCGAACCUGAGAGAAAACAACCAGCGGCUGCAGGAGGAGAGUCAGACGGCCAGCGAGCAGCUGCGCAAGUUCAACAUGCUCCUCACCAACCUCCAGCCUGGAAGUGAGCAUGAGGCUCAGCCCGUGAUGCAGGACAGCAGCUCCCAGAGGGACUGAUGGACCAGAACCAGGCUGGGGAGGGGGGAGGGGGGGGGUGUUCAAGCUACGAAUCACAUUUACCUACCCAGUGGGCUGCCUUAAACCAGAGACGGUGAGAACGGACCACCGGGACUUGUUGUAACACACAGCUCUCCCAGAGUCUGGGCCUGUGUGUCCUCUGAGCCCGUUUAUUUUUCUAAACUGACGUGAAAACAUCUCACUGGGACUCGUGAUGCUACUUAUGCUGCAGGAGUCGCCAGGAGAGGAGGUCCUGACUGUUUUAGAGAACACUUUCGUCACCCGGAGAGGCCUAAUACUGUUUCUGCAGCAAAUCAGCCAAAAAAAAACAAAACACAAAAGAGACGGCGUCUCCCAGAAUGCACUGCACACGCCUGUGUGGUACGAUUCUCAUGCAUUAAUAUCAUCAAGGUCGACCUAAUAUACUAAAGAGAGAGAGAGAGAGAGAUGUGUGUGGAGGUAAAAACUCCUCAGAGGCACUACAGUGUUUGUGCUCGAUGCAGCAGGCAUUUACUUCCUUUAGUGUGUGUGUGUGUGUGUGUGUGUGUGUGUGUGUGUGUGUGUGUGUGUGUGUGUGUGUGUGAGAUAAGUGAUGAACAAACUUUUUUACUGUAAUAUCGGCCCUUCAGGCUGUUCUCCAUCAGCACGGAUGAACUGCGGCUCUCAGACGUGAAACCUGCCGCCGUCGUUCUGAUCUGAGAAGAUGUCAUGAAACUAAAGCUCAGUGAAACGAUAACUUCAUAUCUUCUAGCUCCCCUGUCUUAGCAGCACCCGAUCAUCUCAGAUCCGCACGUCUCCGGGUCUUUUCUUUUAACCUCCGCAAGCGCGUCUCUGAAAGAACAGCGGCGUCAUUUUGAGAAUUCAGCUUUUUUUUAUUUGGAGUCCUGCGUGAACGAGCCAGUCGGCGUACGGUGUUGCUAAACACCGAAAGUUUUACGAUUUUACUAAGAAAAUAUAUGUUUAGCAUAAAUUAUUUCACUAACAUUUAGAUCAAUGUUCAGCUUUCAUGCUAGUAACUGUUGAAUAAGAAAGGACUCAAAAACAAUGUUUUUUAAGGUAAAAGCUCCGUCUGGCUUUUCUCAGGAGGAAAAAAUUGAGCCAAUUCCCUCAAAAUGUCAGCCUGUCCCUUUAAUUUAAGUCCAUAUGAAGCUCCUCCGUCACCCUGGACACACGCUGGACACACGCUGCCAUGAAGCAUGUACUGCACACUAACCACCAUGUGGGCGUGGCUGAACAGGAGCAUCUCAGUACGUUAAAAUAUCAUCAAAAAGUGCUUUCAUUUCAGUAAUUUUCUUCAAAAAGCCACGCUUGUUAUAUAGAUUUAAUUCUCAUUUAAUUAUGUAUUUUAUGCAGUGGGUGAUAAAUUUGAAGUUAUGAAACUUAAGGCUAAUGAGAACCUAAGUCUGUUUCUCAGAAUGUUCAAAAGUUACAGUAAAGUUGACGAAAACAAAUCAUUUCCAUUCAGAAAAUGAGCUGAGUCAUCUGCACCCUAUUCAAGCAUCUCAAUGGAAAGUUAAGUGGAAGGAAAAAAACAUUAAAUACACAAAUGCACAGGAAAGAAUGAAAAAUAAAUCUAAACAGGCUUUACUUUUUGAGUUUAAUUACUGAAAUAAACUACAUUUUCCAUUAAUAUUAUGUCCUGAAACACCCUGUAUUCUGUGUGUGUUCAGAAAUGCUACAAUGAACCCAAAUAAACACAAAAAAAACACUAUUUAUACAACUAGCUUCCCUUAUAACCUUGUCUACUAUAGCUAUUUUCCUACAGAAAAGUGUCUUUUUAGGAUCCUGGUACUUUAUGGACAACAUAUCCCUGCAGAGGAUAAAUCUUGAGUUAUUUGUGAUAUUAAAAAAAAAAAAAAAAAAAAAUUUCUGCACUUCUUUGCUGAAUUUUUUCCAACCCUCUCAGGUUCUUCGAUGCUGUUAAGCUCUACAUCUUCACCACCAGAGAUGUGGCGCUGCUGUUUAUACCGUUUUAGGCGUUCCCUUUAAUAUCUCCGGGUUUAAAGGACUUUUAAACGAUGACGCUGGACCCGACCAGUCUAGAAAAGGCCUCGCUUUGUUUGCUACAAAUUUAAAGGCGAAUAGCGACCGGGUUUGUUUACUGACGGCUUACUAAUUAUUCCUGGUGAGACGACUAAGUGCAAACGCUGUGAUAAUUUAGCUUUUUGUUUGUUUGUUUGUUUGCUGCCGUCUCGUUAAAACCUAACUUGAAUUUAGGCGAAAGGUUCUCUUUUAGCGCCGCUGUCGCCGAGGUUCGACACGUCGACCAAUCAGACGGCAGCAAGGCAGCAGCCGUCAUGCUUGCAGUGAAGGACGCCAUCUUGUAGAAAACCCUCUUCCACUCAGCUCUGCAGGCGUCGCUCUAACUCCAGUCUUAAUUUCCUGCUUGCUUUUGUAAACGGGUUGCGGUAUCUUUUUUUUUUUUUUUAUAUAUAUAUAUAUAUAUUAAUAAAUAUAAGUCAUGCUAUGAAUAAGUUUAAGGUAUUUAAAGCAUACACAACCUCCCAGUUGAACGAGUCAGUAACGCAUUAUUAUUAUUGGUAAUUUUGUUCUAAUGUUAAAUAUUUUUGUAAUUUAUUUUUUGAGCUGUCGGCCACUGAUGCAGCGUAGCGAGGAGAGAAGGUACUGUGUUUUUAAACGUGCUGUUUUACCUCUGAUUUCUGUUCAUAGCCGAGUCCUCUCACUGCAUCAGGGUUCGGCAAACACAACGCGUUCUGCUUUUAUUUUUUUUUGGGUUGUAAUAACUUGUACAUUUGAAAGUGUAAAUUAUGUUUUCAUUAUUUUAUAAAAAAAAUAUUAAAAAUAACUAUAUGAACGCUG